AAUGGGGGAUUCAAGGAUGAUAAGGGCCGCUCCGCGAUUUACCCAUGCAAGAAAAACCCGUUCAAAAGCUAUCAAUUUCGUCAUUUUGCUUUGGGGGGUUUAAAGUUAGAAACUCAUCGAUAAACCCUCUUCAUCUCCAACCCCCGGUUUAAAGCUCCGAGCUUUAAGCAGCCGCUGGGCACAAAAUCCGACCCAAAUCCCGAUGGACGUCCCAACUUCCACGACCGCCAAGCCUUUCUUUUUCUGCAGACUCCCUUCCCAAUUCAGAGCGAGACAACAGCGGAGACCCCCAGUUCCUUUCCCAAGACCCAGAGCCCUGUCCGAGCAGAGAGAAAGAGCGAGAGAAUCACUCCGUAGAUCCUCAAUUCGCAGCAGCAGCAGAAGAAGGAACGCGCUGAGGGAGAAGCUCCUCUUCGUUCCUGAACAAGAUCAGGUGCGCUCAAUUCCUCCACCAUUAGAAAACCCCAGUGAUGAUAUAAAUGAUAAGUUGUACAAACUGGAGACUUGGGUCCGCCAGCACGAGCAGAAUUUGGAGGGUUGGGGAGAUGGGUCUGAUCCCGUUUUCAGGUUUUCCCGAGAUUCUGAUGGGAAUGUUGUUAGGGUUUCUGUUAAUGAAGAAGGGGAAGAAGAAGACAGUAAGCCCGUUUCUAAUGAGAUUGAAUCCACCAGGCCUUCUUCAAUUGACAGCCUUCGGUCUGUUUUGAUUCAGCGAAUGCCCUUUGUGAGGGCUUUGUCUUUGACUGGGUUUACGGUGUUGUGCGCCUUCUGUGUUCUUGGUGUUGUAGCAAAGUUAUUCGCAGGAAAUGAUGAAGUUGAAUUGGGGAGAGAAGAGGCUGAUAUGCUUAGAAGAAAGAAGAAAUCGAGGAUGGAAAGGGAGAGAUUAGAGGAAGGCGGUGCCAGAGUCAUUCAACAUGUUGAAGAGUUGCCUGUGGCAUCUGGCACUAGGCCACAGUUAGAUAGGAAUGAACUAUUGAAGCGCAUCGAGCAUGCUGAAAAUAAAGAUAAUGAUUUUGAUAGUCGAGUUAGGCGGAUUAGAGAAAUGGCGAGAGAAGUUCGGAAAUUGGGGGAAGAAGGUCGAGAACAAAACGGUAAGAGAGAGAAUGAGGAUGAGUUAUCUCCUGCAGUAGAUGUUUCCACAAGCCACGUUCUUGCUGAUGCUCAUAUAGAAUCUCAUCCUAUGAAGGACAUGAAGCAUUCUGGUGAUAUAGAGAACAAUACCUCUAUAGAUAUUAUUCCAGAUAGCAUAGCUUCCACCAUCAACCCCUAUGAAGUUACUACAAAUGCGGAUGUUCAUGAAACGGACACAUCUCUAAUGCUAAAGGGAUUGCAAAAUUCUGUCGAGAAUAGUGAUUAUGGGAUUAACUCCAGUGUUCUGAUAAGUCAAGACUUGAAGAAUGAAGAAGUCAAACAGAAUGAGACUGAUAGUGUAAACUUGAUAGAAAAAGAAUCCAGUUGUAUCUCAUCUGGUAUUUUGAGUUCGGUUAAAAGAGUACCAAAAAUAAUGAAGUCGGUCGAGGAAGCUAAGGAGUACCUUUUACAAAAACAUGGGAUUUCAAAUGAUAACUUGCAAACUAAUCAAGCAGAGCAGUUAAACUAUUUAGCUCUUGAUGUUAGCGCUGCUGAUCCUCUGAAUAACAACAUAACUGAUGCCAAGAGAAAUCAGGCAUUGAAUAAAAAUAACAAAGCUCGCCAUUCGACUGACCUAACAACAGAUAUUAAUGGUGAUGUAGAUUCCACUUCUUUGCUAAAUGGUUCUUUUGCUGAUGACAUUUCCGAGAAAAAAGUUCAUGAGGUUGAUACAAAGAAUGCAGUGUUUUCAAUGAAGGUUGAUGACAAUAGAUUGUCUGGAGAAAAUAAUCCGGAUUUGCCAAUCAAUAAUUUGAUUACAGAUGAAAUUCUAUACUCAAGUAAAAAUGCCCUUGGUGCUGUAGAUCCAGAGAAAACUUGUUCCGGAACUGAUAAAAUAAAGAAGUUGAAUGCUGAGCAAAGACUAAUAGAGAAUCAAAGUGGAAGGAACAAUUAUGCUCAUACCUUUUACACAUCUAACAACAGUCGAGGAUCAGAAUCCCGUGAGACUUGCUGUAAUGAUUCUUCUUCAGUUGUUACCUUUUUAGGUGAUAUACAGGGUAGGGUGGAAAAUGGAGCUCAUGACUCCAAACAGUUGAGAAUUUUUCCAAAUCAGAAGCCUUUCAAUUCGAAAGAAGAAAGAAAAGCAUGUGAAGAUGGUUCUAAAGUGUGUAAUGUCACCACCAAUGGGCCUAAAGUCAAUAACAGCAGGAAACUAACGGGGGGAAACCAAAAGAUUGAUUCUCCAGAUACUACAUCCUCAGAUGUUAGAUUUCCGGCAGCAUCUAGCUUGAAUGGAGUUGAAUUUGACGGUAGUGCAUCCCGAUUUUAUCCAGUAAACAAUGAUAAAUCUGAGGAUUUGAAACCAUUCAUUCCUGAUGCUACAUUAGAAUCUGGGGACAAUCAUGACACAAAUGAUCUUGCUAGUUCUAAGAACAGCUUCCAACUUGACUCUCCUACGCCUGAGCAGGAUAACGAAACAUUUGAAUCUAAUGGUGACAAUAGUUGGCUUGAGAAUAAUUUUCAGCAACUCGAUCCUAUUAUCAAGACAAUUAGUACAGGAUUCAGAGAAAAUUAUUCGUUGGCAAAAGAGAGAGUACAGCAGUCAGCUGUAAGUGCUGGAAUAAAUGAACUUGGCUUACUUGGUGAUGAUGAGGAACUUGAAUGGAUGAAGGAUGAAAAACUUAGGGAAAUUGUGUUUCAAGUUCGGGACAAUGAGUUGGCUGGACGAGAUCCUUUUCAUUUGAUCGAUGAUGUUGAUCAGCGGGCUUUCUUCAAGGGUCUUGAACUCAAAGCUGAAAAGCUGAAUGGAAAACUGUCCGGUUUGCAUGAGUGGGUCCACUCUAGGAUUGAAAACCUAGACUAUGGUUCAGAUGGCAUCAGCUUGCAUGAUCCGCUGGAAAAAAUUGUUCCCCGCUGGAAAGGUCCCUCAAUUGAUAAGGAACUUAACUUUCUUGGCAAAUCGACUCAUGAGAUGACAAACUUUGCUGGAAAUGAUAAAACUCUAAAUGGAUUUUCAACAAGUGGGAAGACAAUUAUAGAGAGCAGUGAUGGUUCUAGCAAACCUGGCAAAAAGAAAGGGAAGGAGCAUUGGCAACACACAAAGAAAUGGUCUCGAGGAUUCUUAGAGGUUUACAAUGCAGAGACAGAUCCAGAGAUUAAAUCUAUAAUGAAGGACAUGGGUAAGGGUCUAGAUAGAUGGAUCACAGAGAAAGAAACACAAGAGGUUGCUGAUUUGAUGACUGGAAUAUCUGAAAGAAAGAAGAUAUAUAUACAGAAGAAAAUGGACAAGCUUAAAAGGGAGAUGGAUAUGUAUGGAGCACAAGCAGUUCUUAGCAAAUACAGAGAAUAUUCAGAUGAAAAGGAAGAAGAUUUCUUGUGGUGGUUGGAUCUUCAAUUUGUUCUGUGCAUUGAACUCUACACAGUGGAGGAUGGUAAGCAGAAAGUAGGAUUUUAUUCAUUGGAGAUGGCUGCAGACCUUGAACUCCAACCGAAGCAAUAUCAUGUUAUUGCAUUUGAGGAUCCAAAUGACUCUAAGAACUUCUGUUAUAUUGUUCAAGCUCAUAUGGAUAUGCUGGGCAGUGGAAGAGCUUUUGUUGUUGCUCGACCUCCAAAGGAUACCUUCCGGGAAGCCAAAGCUAAUGGUUUCAACGUUACCGUGAUUAAGAAAGGGCAAGUAAAGUUCAAUGUGGACAACUCGUUGGAAGAAGUAGAGGAAGAAAUAACAGAGGUCGGAAGCAAAAUUUAUCAUGAUAAGAUCAUCCGGGAGCGUGGAGUUGAUACCCGCACAAUAAUGAGGGGUUUAAUUCUUGCUGAUAAAGCUGCAAGGAGUAAAUAAAAGGUGCAAAGAUGAAUACUAGUGAAGCUUAAGGCUUUUGUGGAAAAGAUUGCUUUACUUCAAGGAGCACAGCAAGGAAUCAGAUUUCUUUUCACUUCCUCUCCCUUUUGAGAAGACAUCCUCCAUUCAGAAAGGUUAUAAGCUGUGGCAACUAAUCAUACACAUUGAAGUGACUAACAUCUGCAAUAAUCAGGAUUCCAUCUUAAGAAGUGAUGGAACUGGUUAUCAACCGCGUCACCUAAUUUUUCGAGAAAUUGUAUGUUGUCAAUGUGUCAGUCGGAUGGUUCUUUGCAUGCUACUAUCAGCCAAUCAAACGCAGGAGUUUUUUUUUUUUUUAAAGUACCUCGUUAUGGCUUUGUAAUCUUUAUAGGAAAUGUUUAGAUAUUAGACUUUUUGUUAUCUAAUGUAUGUAAAUGAUGUGAGUUAUUGUGUAUGUUACAGUGGAGAUGAAUGGUUAAUUGGCAUCCAUUGGAUUCCCACCUUGUAUACAA